AAGCAUGACAGCAAAGUUUCCGCCUCAGCAAACACUGCAGGGGGAGAAGGGCCUGUCUUGGAAAAAGCUUAGUGUUUGUCCGUCUGCGGGAGUCCGAGCGGAAUCGAACACCAGCUUAUGGUGGAAUAAUGGCACAAAAUGAAACACAUCCCAUUUUGGAAAUACUGCAAUCAUUUAAUGUUGGCGAUAUGAUUCUGGCCUUUUGUCUGUCAGUGCUGGUGGGCCUGGUGCUGGGCGCUUUGAUCUACGUUCUGCUGACCUGGGCGUCGAGGCGCCGGGCCACGGCCAGGAUCACCAGGCGCUCCAAAAAGAAAUCUGGCACUUCACAAGCACGUGACCCCACAGGCAGCCAGCUGGGCCUCUACAGAAGCACUUUCCUGAGCGUCUACAGACAACCUUCCCUCGAGCCGGUGGGGCCUCUGGGGAGCAAACCGGGAGCAGAGACCUCCACCUUUCGGCCUCUGGCCAAGAAGAGCAGGCCCAGUCUGGACAUGGGAGAAGACACCCAGGUGACCGAGGACACGGUAGCUUCGUCUGAUUCAACCUCCCUGGUGCCAAACAAGAGACAUUCAUUCUGGCUGGGCAACAACGGACUGAAAGGAUUCCUGCCCUCUCAGACGCCCCCUCCGGCAUACGACAGUGUCAUCCACGCCUUUGAGGAGACGUGCACUUGAAAGUGUCACCAAGAACUGAGACUGAGGAGAAAAUUCAGGCUUUAAAGUGGACUUCCUGGCUUUGUGCUGGCCUUUAAAGGGGCGGCUAUCUCAGCUUGCUUAGAGAUCAAACCCUCUCUAGCAUUUGAAGCAGUGUGUCCUUAACUGAAAGAAAUGCUUCCACAGAAAUGAAGCAUCAUCUGAGCUUUAUACUAAGAUCGCAGUUUCCAUAUUUGAUGCACUUUCACAUUAUUUUCUUGACGAAUUGCUGAGUUUUUUUUAUGCAAAAUGUCACAGUUUUUGAGAGGUCAUAGCAGUUUUUGUGUUUUUCCCCCCACAAAACCCCAAAAUAUUUCAUCAGAUUUAAAUGAAUUGGCCAAAUAUGUGACUUAAAAACAAAACACACAAGUAGUUUUAUGUGUUAAAGAUACAGAAGGAAAAUGAGAGUACAGCUACUAUGUGCAACUAUAGAAAUGUGCAAAAAAAAGCAUGUUUAAAGUGAAGAGAGUGGGAGUUUAGUACAAGAUACAGUUAUCAACAAUAAAUACAGAGUUAUUGUUGCCUUUUAUGCCUUUUUUUAUAUAUGAAAUAGCUGGAUGAUAGUGCAAUGGGAGAGCGGUGAUGCAGGGAUGAAAUGUAAACAUGAUUGUGAUAUAUAUAGUAUAUACAGUGCGUACAGGUCACUUAAACUGCAAAUACUGCCCCUCACUGGCCCCUUCAGCAUCAACUCCUAGUACGUUAAAACAACAGUCAUCCCUAACUCCAUUUCUAUGAGCAGAUAGGACAUAGAACAAGGAUUUUAAUGGUAGUGCUUCAAAAUUCUGUUAAUUCAGCUGCUGUUUACUGAUUGUUGGGUGUUCUACUAAAGUCAGAUGUCGUAUUUCCUCUCCACACCAGCAGUGUGGUAACGUCAGAGAGACACAAACUUGGAAUAACUGGUUCUAUGUUAUCCUCUCUGAACACAGUGUGUUUAUUUCUACAGUGAUCUGAGCAUCCUGAGACCUUCAAGUGUCAAAAUGUCUGGGCAAAUUAUUCAAUAAAAAUAAUAAAAACAUGCUAUAUAUCAAUAA